CAUCACUGUGAGAUCCUGCUGUUAUCUGCUGUUCGCAGACCUUUGGAACAGCUUCAGAUUGGGCAAAGCUCAACUGCAAGCUACAAUAAAGAAAUAACAAUACCGCUUAAUGUAAAACCAUGCCAAAUAAACCCGAAGUAUACGUAUGACUAUUGAAAUAUUUUGCACUCCUUUUGGCAUUUAAUGUGUUCACUUCAAGUGCUAUGCUUUUCUUCUUAACAUCGUUGCUUCCGACAUCCUACUUGACAGGGUGGUGGGCUCUGAACAUCACUCUGCUGUGCCGUUUGCUUCAAGGGCUGGUUGGUGCAUGUGGGAUCGCCGUGCUCGGCUCCCUUCUGAGAGUGCAUUCACGUGUUGGGGAGGAAAGUUGGAGUGACAAAGAUCUAUCUAGUCAUAGGAGUGGUCGUCCUGGUCUGGUGGGGAAGCUCUGCUUUGUCUUUGUGGCUGGGAUGCUGGCGGCUGUAAAUUCUUUUGUGGCUUCCCUGGUGGUGCUGGAAUUUUGUCUUCGAGCUGUCUCUGGAUGGUUCACACAGGAGUCUCGGAAAGCGCUCCAGCGUCGCUUGGUUGAAAGCCAGCUCUCCCUGGGAUGCGUCCUCCGCUGCACACUGCACUUCCUUCAUGAUGGGGCGCCGCGUUGCUGCCUGUGUUUGCUCCUGGCCGCUGCGCUCAGCUGCUGGCUGGCCAAGCAGGCUGCGGCCUUGCAGCAGCACGUCGCCGUUCUGUACAAAUUGCACAGCUCGCAGCGUUACUGCGGCAUUUGCAUCAGCCUGAUGACAUUUGGCCGUGGGCCUCUGUUGCUGUCUGCGUUGUGGAAGACUAUGGCCGUCGUCGCCUUCGCCGUGGCUGUGAUGGCAGCGGUAGUCAUCAUCAAUCAGCACUUCCUGUCUGCAAUGGAAGCCCUUAGGUUUUGGACACCGCUGACAAUCUGCUAUACUCUGCUGGUGGUGUACAUGCAGGACGAAGAGGCUCUGCCAGGAAGCCAGGCAGUCCUGAAGUCUGUGGCAACACGUCUCACUGUGUUGUCACUCCUGCUGCUGACUGUUGGCCGCUGGGCCGAUGUGCUCCACGUUCUCCUGUGUUUCCUGGGUGAGCUCAGCUGCGUGAUCCCCAUGACGGAUUUGCUGGAGGUGACCUCGCAGGUCAAUGAUCCUCACCUCCAAAAAGUCCUAGGGCCAAAAGGAUAUGAAUAGACUGGGAAAUAAUGAGAUUUUUAUAUUGAAGAUGUGGAAAUGUGUUUCGAGGGAAGGAUGUGAGAAUGAUUGCAUUUUGAAAAAAAUCUUGACGCAAUGGAGUGUGCUACUAGGAUUCAAACAGAAGAGGUGCUGUGUAUUUAAUUUAAAAUAAAUUGUUGAAGAUUGUGACCUACAGGCCCC